UUGUGGUGAGCAGCAUCUGAUUACACGGAGACGCCAGUAGGCAUCGGAGGGGGGAAGACACUCAAUUAUCUACCAGCCGAAGCUGCUCCUCAGUCCGCUCCGGAGCACAAACACUUUUUAUCUCCAUACUUCACCGAGGAACUUUACUUUAUUACACCGAGCAGAAACACCGAGGCGACGGGUAUCUGGAGGUGAAUGUGUCGCAGCUUCUCACGGUAUAAAUGGCUGAGAGGGACCGACGUGUGACUGCGGAGUAAACUUGCAACAUGUCGCAGUCGGUGCUGGAGGCUUGAAGAGGACUAACCGCCGUGUUUUAACGAGGACACUCGUCAGGAGAGGCGGUCAGAGCGGGGAGGAGAGUGGCUGCUGCUCGGAGGUGGGAGCCAAACAACAGGCCCGUGGAGACAAAGACUGUCUUCUGUUUGGACAUCUGUCCGUCUCUGUUUUCGUCUCUGAUAAGUAUUUUCUGAAGCCGCCAUCAUUCUGUGCUGUAAGACCGACCCCAAAAUGUCUUCCAAUGGGGACCUCAGCGACCUGGGAAGCUCAGACAGCUUCUGGGAGCCGGGGAACUACAAAAGAACGGUGAAGCGGAUAGACGAUGGUCACCGGCUGUGUAAUGAGUUGGUCAGCUGCUUCCAGGAGAGGGCAAAGAUAGAGAAGAGCUACGCUCUGCAGCUGAGCGACUGGGCCAAGAGGUGGAGGGGUGUCGUGGAGAAAGGUCCUCAGUACGGUACACUGGAGAAAGCGUGGCACGCCUUUAUGCAGGCAGCCGAUCGGAUCAGCGAGCUGCAUCUGGAGCUGCGGGAGCGGCUGGCGGGCGAGGACACUGAGAAGGUGCGCAGCUGGCAGAAGGAUGCCUUCCACAAGCAGAUGAUGGGAGGCUUCAGAGAGACCAAGGAUGCAGACGACGGCUUCCGCAAAGCACAGAAACCCUGGGUCCGCAAACUGAAGGAGGUGGAAGCCAGUAAGAAGAGCUACCAUCAGGCAAGGAAGGAGGAGUGGACAGCGGUUACCAGGGAAACACACGCCAAAGCUGACCCGACCAAGUCACAGGAGGAAGUUCGCAAAUUCACGACCCGGGCAGAGCGCUGCAGCCAGGAGGCUGACAAAAUGAAGGAGCGCUACUCAAAGGCCCUGGAGGAUCUGAACCGCUGUAACCCUCGCUACAUGGAGGACAUGGAGCAGGUGUUCGACCUCACCCAGGAGGCCGAGCGUAGGAGGCUGCGCUUCUUUAAAGACAUGCUGCUGGACAUCCACAAACACCUCGACCUGUCCGCCAAAGAAGGGUUCAAAGUCCUGUACCGGGAUCUGGGUCAGACCAUCCAAGCAGCCAAUGACACCGAAGAUCUGAGAUGGUGGAGGAACACCCACGGACCGGGCAUGAGCAUGAACUGGCCACAGUUUGAGGAGUGGUCUCCAGAGGCGAGUCGCUCCAUCAGCAGGAAGGAGCGAGGUGGACACUCUGAGGAAAACGUGGUCACCCUCACCAACAUCGUCUCCUCAGGUGGAGAUGACGUCCCUCCGAGUCCCAUCACCCUGGACACCAGCAGGGUGAAAGAUUAUUCGUCGGACUGGUCAGACGAGGAGAGUCCUAAGAAGGUGCUGGCGUUGAACGGCGUGGGGGAGGCGGAGGACGAGGAGGAUCAGGUAGAGGGGGUGCGAGUCCGAGCGCUCUAUGAUUACACGGGCCAGGAGGCCGAUGAGCUCAGCUUUAAAGCAGGCGAGGAGCUGCUGAAGAUGGGAGAAGAGGACGAGCAGGGCUGGUGUAAAGGACAGCUGAGCAGCGGCCAGGUCGGCCUCUACCCCGCCAACUACGUCCAGGUCGUCGCCUCCUGAUGGCCCACCCUCUCUGGUCACCCAGCCAAUGGUACAACUAGACUCACGAUGCAAGGACCAAUCAGAAGCUAGUAGUGCUGACAUGUAGACAGUGAAACCACCAGACAGUUUUUGUUACCGACUGUAAAACUCGACUCUGAGUUUGCUUUUUUUUUCCUGUUGUUUGAGCUGCGAUUUUGAAACUCAGCCAGUGGAAAAAGUCCACUUGUUGUGACAGGCUGUUUACUCAGCUCAAGGUCAACGACAUUGUUGUUUUAAAGAGGUCUCCGAAGGCCUGCCAACAUCAACAGACAUUUGUAGAAAAACACGGACGCAAGUUAUCAAACUGGAGUUUUGGUUUUCUGCUCGCUGCCAUCUUUUUCAGUUUCUAGAGUCAGAAAAUCCACAUUUAAUCAAAGAGGAAGAAGCCAGGGUGGAACAGCAGUGAGAGCAGCCACCAUGCCUGACUGUGAUUGGCUGAAACACCUGUCAGUCAGUCAAACAAACUACUAAACAUGCCUCUUAUUAUAGAAAUAAUUUGACAUUUGAGGAAAAGGCUUAACUUGCUCUCCUACAGAGUAAGAUGAGAAGAUGGAUACUCUCAUAUCUCUCAUGAGACUAAAGCCAGCAGCCCGUUAGCUUAGCUUAGCAUAAAGACAAGAAGGUUUACUGACUUUGAUCUGGAAGUAGAAGUUCCAUUCUUUGUUGUUGUUAUUAUGUGAACAAUUCUACAGCUUUAGGAUUACAACAUCAGUAUAAAAGAUUAAUAGAAAACAGUCUAACUUUUGUACAAAAUAAAUUUGAGGUUCAAAAUAAAUACAACUGGCAGAGUUAUUACAGUUUUGUAAUAUUCAUUCCUUUUUAGUAUUAUUUGAUUUUAUUUUUUAUUUUUUUUCAAUUCAGUUUGAUUGUAGUUAGUUUCCAAAGUGGGUUUGCUUGUUUCAGGUUAGUGUUUAUUGUUUAAAUGUUAAAUUUUAGUCAAGAUUUUAUUAUCUUCAGUAUUAGUUUUAGGUUUUUAUGCCUCUGUGUUGAUGAUAGCAGCUAGAGGCAUUAUGUUUUCGGGUUGUCACAGAUGAGCAACCGAUCCAUGUCUGUUUUCACAUAUAUAGAUGUAACCUGUAACUGCAACUUGACUGAUGGGCGGGGACAUACAAUCGCUAGGUGGUAAUUCUAGUUUAUUAUAAUAUAUUUGUCAGGGGCAAUAUUUAAGAAGGUUAGAAUAGAAAUACAAAUCAAACAACACUUUGUGAGGGCAGUUGAUUCACAGUCAUAAAGACAUCCCUGUCUUAAUAAACAUAAGCACAAAUGCCUCAUUAUACCAAAUUAACAAAGACUAAAACUAAAAGCUUUUCCUUUAUUUUAGUUAGUUUUGUGAGUACAAAAUAUUGUUUCAGUUAGUUUCCAAUUUUUUAUUGUUUAUUUAAGUUAAUGAACAUCUUUUCACACCUAGUUUUAGUUGUUAGUAUUUUUUUUUUUUUAAUUUAACCAUAAUAACCUUGCUCCCAAGGUACAUUUCGGCAAGAAACAACCAUAUUAAGAGCUUAAAACUCUAAAUGCUAAUUGCAGGUGGAAGAUUAAAGUGUUGAGAAAGGUCUGCUAUGGUCGUUGGAUUUUUGUUACUUUCGGACAGAGCCAGGUCAGCUGUUUUCCCCCCAUUUCCAGUCUUUAUGCUAAGCUAGGCUAACUGGCUGCUGGAGUCUUAAAUGAGAGUGAUAUCGAUCCUCGCAUCUAAAUCUCUGCAAGAAAAUGAGUAAGUGUAUUUUCCAAAAUGUCAAACAUUUUUUAAAGCCUUGGUAUUCUCAUCAUUACAUAAAAUCGACUUCUUUGUGGGGUAAAAAUAAUUUUAAUAUAGACUUUGGGACUGUUCUUCAGUAGAUUUCAGCCUGUGAUCCAGCAUCUAGUGGCCGUUAGUGGAACUGCAGCUGGAGGCACCUCUUCAUCUUCAUCAUCCUCUCUGCUCAGCUGUGGUUUCUGCUUGACUAGAAGAGCUGAAACAAACCCAAUGAAAGACUGUCAGUGCCUUAGUCAAUUGAGGCUAGAAAUGUCAGCGCCGCCCUGCUGUGUGAGCAAGGAACUACAGCCGUCUGCUGAGUGACGACCAGUCUGAUCCCAGUAGAAACCAGCAGAAUCUCCUGUGACCUGGACUUUAAAACGCUUCACUUGAUUGGUUCAUUCAUCUCGACAUCAGCAUGCUUCAGUUAUUUUGUAGAUUUUUUAGGUUGUGACACUGAAUUCACUUUCUUUCCUUCAUUGAUUUUUCUUUUUUAUCUGAUAGCUACAUGUUUAUAUAAAGUCAACUGAUUUUGAGUAUGGACGGUUUAAACUGUUGCUACCUGUUUAUUUUUUAAGAAUAGCAUUUUUACAGUCAACGUCUUUACUUUAUAAUUUAUUCUCCUCUUUAUUUUAGCAAUCGUUCUUCAUUUUAGGGCUGACGAAGGUGAGAGUGAAGUUGACUGUUUAGAUUUGGGUCAUUUAACCUGUGGAAGGUGGUUUGUUGCUAGUUUUGUUUUGCUGUGCUGCGAUCACGAAGCACCUCAAACAUCUGAAAUCAUAAGUGAUAAUAUUCUGUCCGGUUUUUGGGUUUAUCUUGUUUAAGUUUGUGGUUUGUGUCUGAGGGAGCCUCCUCCUCCUCCUCGUCUGUCCUGCUGACCCGAGCAUCGCUACAGCUAACCCACGUAGACGUCUGAAUAAUAAGAGAGGUCAUAGAGGAUAUUAAUGCUACUGUGCUGCUCCUUCAUUCUUUCCUUUUCUUUACAAAAUUAUAACAUGUACAGACAAUAAAGUGGGAAGCAACAAUAAAGAGCUUUCUGCAGAUGGAA